UUCUUUUUUCUCCUCUCUUCCCAAUUUCCCAUCAUGCCCCCGAUCCCCUCCCGUUCGGGGCCCAAGCUCCCGAAAUCCCCCAUCCCCAAAAGUCCCAAACCCAAGCCCAAAUCGAGAGACCCCGCAACCAAAUCUAGGGUUUCGCCUCCUCUCCGCAGGAUGUCCGAUCCCGCCCCCGCCGCCGCCGCCUCCACCGCCACGGCCACGGCCGCCGCCGGCUCCGGCGCCGCGGCGUCCGGCUCCGGCGCCAUCGUGCACCCCGGAGGCGGCGGCGCGUGGCCGCGCGGCGUCCGGUUCGGCGACAUGGUCUGGGGCAAGGUCAAGUCCCACCCGUGGUGGCCCGGCCACGUCUACAGCAUCACCCUCACCAGCGACGGGGAGGUUCGCCGGGGCUACCGCGACGGCCUCGUCCUCGUCGCCUUCUUCGGCGACUCGAGCUACGGCUGGUUCGAGCCGCACGAGCUCCUCCCCUUCGAGGAGCACUUCCGGGAGAAGUUCGCCCAGCCGGGUGGCCGCAACUUCCCCACCGCCAUCGACGAGGCCGCCGACGAGGUCGCCCGCCGCGCCGCCCUCGCGUUCCUCUGCCCCUGCCACCGCCCCAACGCCGCUCGCCCCCACGAGCUCGACCCGAGGUACCUCCUCGUCGACGUGCCUGGAUUCGACACCGACGCCGAGUACCACCCCGAGCAGGUUGCCGCGGAGCGGGAGAAGAUCGAUCCGCGGGCGCUGCUGGACUACCUGAAGGGUGCCGCCGUGGAGCAGCUGGACGCCGCCGAGCUGAUCGGCAAGCCCAAGCGGCACAUCCCGGCGGUCCAGAUGAGCUCCAUGCUUGAGGCCUACCGCCUAUCCAGAUACGCGCUGAAGGAUCCCACCUACGCCCAAGCUUUCGGGAUGGACUACGACGAGGCGCAAGCGGCGAAAACAGCGUUGGAGAAGAAAGCUCGAGAAGGCAAGAGACGUGUUUGGUGGGACCGGAAAACACAGGAGGAACCCCAGGAUGAUCAGGGCGAGUCUUCAAAUACAACUCCUGCAGGUCGUCCGGCGAAGGGCCGCAAGAAGGCGGCGGAGAAUCCCGGCGGCCGCCGCCGGAAGGGCAGCGCGGCCAGCACGGCGGCGAGGCUCAUGGAGAAGAUCAUGCCCAGCGCGGCGGCGAUGAAGCCCAGGGCCAAGAAGAAGGACCAGUACCUGCUCAAGCGCCGCGACGACGCGCGCGCCCCGCCGCCGCCGUCCAUGCCGGACGCCUUCCCGGCGGCGCCCAUGGCCCCCGCUCUCGACGACGUCCCGCCGGGGUUCCCUUCCGAUCCCCCGACGCCGCCGCUCCCCAGCAGCACCCUCGCCGCCGACGAGGAGUUCUUGCUGCAGAGGCGCACUCCACCGCCGCUGCUGUCCGCGCCACCCACCCCGCUCGCGCUUCCUCCCGCCGCCGCCGGGCAGGUCGGCGACGGCGGCGCGCCCACGGACGCCGCCACCGCCGCCGCGGCGCCGAAGAAGGCGACCAAGCCGAAGAAGGCAGCCGCCCGCAAGCGCGAGCGCGAGGAACCCGCUGACGCCGCCGCCGCUGCCGCCGCAGGCGGCGUUGCCGGCGAGCCUAAGAAGAAGAAAAAGAAGAAGCUCGCCGAGCUCAACGGCGUGGCGGUCGCCGCCGCCGGCAAGCCGGGGUUAUUGCCUGCUAAGGUAGACCAUGAUCUGAAGCAGGUAAUAUCCGAGCUUCAAAGCCUUCCUCUCGUUGCCUCCUAUGUCGCCGGCCGCCGCAGCAUCUCUGACGAAGCUCGCUCCUUCCUCCUCGCCUUCCGCUCCAAGUCUUUCAAGAAGAGCCAUGAGAACGAUCCACCCGAGGACAACAAGGCCUCUAAGCCCAAUGCCGCCACCGCCGCCGACGGCCAGAAGCCGCCGGCGAAGAAGAAGCCGGCCGCGAGGCCCGGCGACACCACCGCCGCCUCCGCCAAGGUUGCCGGCGUCAAGCGCGCCCCGUCUGAUCGCCAGGAGGAGCUUGCCACCAAGAAGAAAGCCAAGCUCAACAAGAUCAAGACGCUCGCCACUGACAAGAAGGCCGCCGGUCUGGAGCUCGCCGCCGCGGCGCCUGCGGCGGCGAGGAAGAAUGAUGCGAUCGCUGCCAGGAAGAAGGAGAAGGAGCCGGCUCUGGCUCCGGCGAUCAAGACGCCAUCGCCGACGGCGCUGAUGAUGAAGUUCCCGCCGAAGACCACGCUGCCAUCGGUGGCCUCCCUCAAGGCGAGGUUCGCGCGGUUCGGGCCGCUCGACGUCGACGGCAUCCGCGUCUACUGGAAGUCCCACAUGUGCCGCGUCAUCUACAGGUUCAAGUCCGACGCCGACGUCGCGCUCAAGUACGCGCGCGCCAACACCACCAUGUUCGGCCAGGUCGCGCCCAACUACUACCUCCGCGGCGUCGAGUCGGACGGCGACCUCGCCGCCGACGCUGCACCUCCGCCUCCGCAGCAGCGCUCCGAGCUUCGCCUCAUGGAGACGGCCCCGUUCAGGCCCGGGACCUCCGGCGGCAACUGCGCGCCGCUGCCGCUGUCCAGGGCCGUGCCGGCGCGCGCGGUGGUUGGGCAGCAGCCCAAGUCGAUCCUCAAGAAGACGGUCACCGACGACGGCGCGCCGUCGGCGGCGGCGCUCCGUGAUGCCCCGCGGGUGAAGUUCAUGCUCGACGCCGGGGACAGCAAGCUCGAGCCGCCGCCACCUGCAGCGCCGGCGAGCGGCGGCGGAGACGCCGCCGCGCCGCUCGCCAAGAGCGCCACCAAGUCGGUCGGGUUCGCGCCACCGCCUCUCCAGCCGCCGGCGCGCCCGGCACAGCACCCCCACCUGCAGCCGCCGGCGCGUCCAGCGCAGCAGCCUCCUCGCCCGCCGGUGACCCAGCCACUCCCUCCGCCGCCGCCUCUCCAUCAGCACCAGCCAUACCAACCUCGCCACACCGACGCGCUGCCGCUGCCGCUGCCGCUGCCGCCGCCACCGCCGCCGCCAUUCUCCGUGCAGCAGCAGCAGCUCCCUCCACCGCCACCAUACCACCUCCGCCACAGCAUCGACGGAAUGCACCACCAGCUCCCCGGACCACCGCUGCCGCCGUCGUACCAGCAUCGCGCCGCCGGCGGCGUCGUCUUCCCCGGACAGCAUCAGCAGCAGCCAUACCGCCCCAACAACGACACCCAGCUCGGCCUCCCCGGCGCCGGCGCCGCCGCCGGUGACGUCACGCCGGCGUGGAAGAGAGGAGGGAGAGAGUUCGACGAGGAGUUGAUGAGGGUGAUGCGGGGAAUCGCCAAGAUGGUGGAGCCAUUGACGGACAAGAACGGCAACUUCCCCUACCACCUCUUCACCUCAGCUUGAGAGAGAGUGAGCAGCGUCUCUCACAGACAUAUGGGCCCCACUGUCAGUGGCAGUAGCUGGGCUACCAUAACCUCUUCACCUCGGCUCGAGUGAGAGAGAGCUGUCUCUCUGACAGACAGAUGGGCCCCACUGUCAGUGGCAGUAGCUGGGCUGGUAGUACUAGUAGUUGGACUAGUAGCUUGGUGACUUAAUUUUGCCAAGAAGAAAAAGGAUUUUAAAAACAAGGUGUGUGUGCCUGUCAUGUGAUGUACUCUUGUUGUAGCGGUACUGGGAUUAAGUUUGGUUUGGUAUGGGUGCAUCGACCAUACUAUUAUUAGUACCUUUAUUUCUGGGAUUGACUCAUGGUCAAGUGAAGAAACAGUUGCAGA